GAUCACUUCAAAAUCACCAAUAUAUCUGUCGAUGUUCAGCCUCCAACGUUGGCGAAGGACAUGGCAUUGUGCGUUCCGAAGCAGCCAUCUAGCCAAUCUACCGAAGACUGGAAUUCUUACGUUCGACGCGUAAUUUUGUCCGACCCCGAUGACUUGUGCAUUCAGGUCCGUUGGGCCAUAGACGGUCAGACUCGUGGUUUAGUCGGGUUAUUGGUGGUUGUGCUCGCUGAACGCCCUCCUGAUCGUUCAACUACCGUCAGGCAUCCACAGAAUAUGACCAAAGUAUAUGAAGGAAUUCAGAGAAGUUUGAAGGAUUGCAUCCGUAUGCUUUGGGUGCCGUGUGAUAAUUGCCUUGGACCGUAUUCGCUAAUAAAUGCACAUCAGCAAGUUUGGAAUCGACUGUUUCAACUGGUUGAUCUCUGUGACUCAACGUUUCGUGCUGAUGGACUAACGAGUCCGACUAAUCGGGGCCUUCUAGACUCUUCAUCGCCUUUCGCUAACACAAACUCACCUUCUCGGACUGAUGAACUGCUCAAGCUUCUGGCUCGAAGUACUACCACCCGAAUAUUGAUGAAUCAGACCACUGUCGAUUUGCUGCUGAAGGUAUCGAAAAACAUAGUCAUUGAAGAGGCAGAUCUCUCACUUCUAUCUCCGAGGUUUUCACGUUCUGCUGUUCAAUUUCCACCGCAACCCGCCGUGCAGAACAGGUUUCGUAUAACUGAUAUCGAGCAAGGUAUCGUACAGUUCUACAUGGUCAGCGCAAAUAAUGUGACUUUGCUCGCACACCAACAGUGGCGAUUGCCGUCCAAGGGUUCUGCAUCCGGACAAAUGAACGCUGGAGCUAUUGCCGGGUUGAUCUUCGGCAUACUUUUCGUCCUGGGUUUACUCGCUGCCCUGAGCUUGCUGAUUGUGUUCAACGCGAAACGCGUCAACCGAAUGCGUCACUCAGCCCUCCAACGGGUCGAAGAUUACGGCGGCUUAGCUGACUCUGACGAUGAGGAAGCUGCCAUGUGCUUGGAGAUGAAACAGCCCAUUCUGCCUCCAAAGAUUGCCAAGUUCCUUAUGCGUCCACCGGACCCCAUCUCUGUGCACGAAUUCACUUUGUGGUGUUCAAGGCAUUCGUUGAACGACUAUCAGUCAUUACGUCAAGAAUUCAAGCAUCUACAGAUCCACGCCAUGCGACAGGAACAGGCGAAACGGCUUACGCGUCAAGUUGGCCAACGGCCCGAAAACCGUCUACGUAACAAGUAUCGCAACCUAGUACCGUUUGAUCAUAAUUACGUCCAUUUGCUCAAAUCAUGGCGAAUGGUGGAUAUCAUCGGGCAACCGACACCCACCAACUGUCCAAUCGCGGAUGCGUCAGCAAAUCAUUGUGAGGCACCUCCGGUUGAGAAAGUUGAAACUGCUUCAUUGGACUCGGACAAUAAACUCUUGACUGAAGAGCACUGGAUUGCUUCGGACUAUGUCAAUGCGAGUCUGGUACCUGGGAGGGCACCGGGCAUUGCGUACUGUUUGGUUCAGUCGAAUCUGCUCCCUCGGACAUACAUCGCCGCUCAGGCCCCAGUGAAGCAAACUCGAGUCUUGUUUUGGCAAAUGAUCUGGGAUCAUGGGGUCAAACUAAUACUCACUCUUACUCGGCUCGUCGAAGGACCGAAGGAAAAAUGUGUUCAAUACUGGCCAGGCCCUGCUGAUGAUGCACCAUCCGGCACAGACUCCAGUGACGAGAAGGUGCUACAACUCGGUCACUUCACAAUCACCUUGCUUCAAUGCGUCUCCAAUGCGGCCGUUGUGAAACGGAAGUUCUCCGUGCAAAAUUCGCUGGUGAGCGGAGGCCCUCCUCGCAUUGUUGUCCAGCUACACAUGAUGCGAUGGCCCGAUUUCUCCGCACCAUCUCCUGUGGACUUCACUUCUCUCCUAUUCACCUACUGGACAGAGAGAAGAUGCACAAGCUCCGAUGCCCCGGUGCUAAUACACUGCAGCGCUGGAAUCGGCCGGACUGGUACCUUUAUCUGCCUCGACCAACUGUGCCAUCAAGCGCGGUAUUAUCUGCAACCCGAUUUUCAACCAUGGAACAUGCAUCCCACUUGUAAAACGCCCACCAAUUUGGAUGAACCGGUGUAUGUCAAUCUGAAAUUCGAUUCUGAAGAAACGGCUAAUUCAUCUGCUAACAAUCACCGUGUUUCCGGCCUUAGUGCGGCAGCCUCAGAGCCAUGUGGUGAUGAGUACCCGAAUGGUGGAAGCCAAACCGCCGCAGGAUUGCUGUCCGGCGCUACACGCAACAAUGACACUCGAUCGAAUACGGCGCGUAGAAGACGCUUUGGUUUAGGUCGACGAAAAUCGCAUUGCAUCGACAUUUACAAAAUUGUGCUUUGGUUACGCUCCAACCGGAGCUAUAUGGUCCAAUCAGAGGAACAAUAUCUUUUCAUUUACCAGUAUUUGUCUUAUUUUAUACAGAAAGUUAACGAUUCCGAACAAAUCUAUGUGAACGUUUAACCCCAAUUUGGGCUCCGACAAAUCAUACGAAGCCAGCUUACAGCACAUCAUUUCACCAUGCUUGUGAGCCCACCACCCUCCUGUCCACCCUAGAACCACAUCGAGUAUUUUGUAUUUUAAUGGAUCGCUUUGGCAUCAAGCACUCUUUGCUCAUUUUGAUUUUACCAAAUAUACACUCGCCCGAUCGUAAUGCAUCUCAUCAGUAUCACAUAUCCUGGCGCUGGAAUUACGUAGAUGAAUUGGGCACACAAGCCCAAGUACAG